GACGGCGCCUGAGGAGGAGGAGGCACCGCUGGUGCUGCCACUACCGCCAUUGCUGCCGCCGCCGGUACUCCCGUUCCUGCUGGUGGACGCGAGCUCCGCCCGGGACCUGCCCCGCCGCACGCGCCUCGCCUGACCCGGGAGUCGCCGCUGCCUCCGCUGCCGCGCGCCCUCCUUCACCGCCUCUCCUCUUCCAAGCCGUCGCGGAGGCCGAGCCGGCCGCCCUCUCCGCCUCCUGCAGCUUCUUCUCACUCCAUCUUCUUCUGGGUUUUUCUGUCGCCUGGAGCCCACCCCCCCAGAGAAAUGGCUCAGGAGACAAACCAGACCCCAGGGCCCAUGCUGUGUAGCACAGGAUGUGGGUUUUAUGGAAAUCCUAGGACAAAUGGCAUGUGUUCAGUUUGCUACAAAGAACAUCUUCAGCGGCAGCAGAAUAGUGGCAGAAUGAGCCCAAUGGGAUCAGCUAGUGGUUCCAACAGUCCUACCUCAGACUCUGCAUCAGUUCAAAGAGCAGAAGCUAGUUUAAACAACUGUGAAGGUGCUGCUGGCAGCACAUCUGAAAAAUCAAGAAAUGUGCCUGUGGCCGCUUUGCCUGUAACGCAGCAAAUGACAGAAAUGAGCAUUUCAAGAGAAGACAAAAUAACCACACCGAAAACAGAGGCAUCAGAGCCAGUUGUCACUCAGCCAAGUCCAUCAGUUUCUCAGCCUAGUACUUCUCGAAGUGAAGAAAAAGCUCCAGAAUUGCCUAAACCAAAGAAGAACAGAUGUUUCAUGUGCAGGAAGAAAGUUGGCCUUACAGGGUUUGACUGCCGGUGUGGAAAUUUGUUUUGUGGACUUCACCGUUAUUCUGACAAGCACAACUGCCCCUAUGAUUAUAAAGCAGAAGCUGCAGCAAAAAUCAGGAAAGAAAAUCCAGUUGUUGUGGCUGAAAAAAUCCAGAGAAUAUAAACUAAAUUACUACUUGUGAAGAGACUGAAUUUUGUUUUUGUUUUUAUUUUAAUAUAUCGUAGGAAAACAUUAAAGAGCAGAUGCAUGGCA